GUGUCUCGUCUCCUCUCUCCCCCCGCUCUCUCUCCCUCUCCCUCUCCAGCCUGUGUGUGAGCUGUGAGCACUGCUGCCGCCGCCGCCGCUGCCCUUUGAUCCCUGCAUUAGUGUUAGUUAGGGGCUUGGAGACACACAGGGAGCAGCCAUAGACACCGCCGCACCACCAGCCUUCCUUAUUGACACCGCAUAUGAGCCCACACUCUCCCUCGCCCAUUAGAUCCAUUUCUAUUGAAGAAUAUUGCGACCGGGGACAAGCCAGGUGCACGACCGAAGGGGGGGGGCGGCGAGAGAGAGAGAGAAAGAAAAAGGGGGGAGGAAGGGCAAGAAAAAGGGAGGAAAGAAAAAAAACACCCUCUUCUUCUUGGCUCCGGGAAAAGCAGCCUCAACCCCCCCAUAGCCCAGGAGAAGAACACCAGCCUCUGCUGGCCGGCCACCCUUUGCCCCUGCUUGGUGCCUGCCUCUGCCCCUCUUUGGUUAUUUGAUCUCCCAUUAAACCCAAGGAGGAGAAUGUGAAAAGGGGGGAAAAUGCCCAGGAGGAAGCAGGAGCAACCCAAGCGCCUCUCUUCACAUGGUACAAGACAAGAAGAAGCAGAAGGCGAGCUUAGUGAGGAAGAGCACUGGUAUGGAAAUUCUUCAGAAACACCAUCAGAAGCAUCCUAUGGAGAAGUUCAAGAGAACUUCAAAUUGUCCUUUGAGGAUAGGAUCCAAGAACAAUCAACAUCUCCAGACACUUCUUUGGGGAGUGCGACUCCUAGCAGCAACACACUGGAGCUGGCAGCUGUUGAAAAUGAGGCUCUAAGGGACGUAUUACAGAAUAAAGAACACCUUUCCCCUGGGGUGUCUUCCAUAUGUGAAGAUGACACUCCUGGCCCAAAUAAGCCACUGAGUAGUAACCUGAGACGUCUGCUGGAGGCUGGUUCUCUCAAGCUAGACACUAGUAUCACUGUUAACGGCAGGGUUGAGUCCCCUGUAAAUCUUGGCUCAAAUCUCUCCUUUUCUCCACCUACGCAUCAUGCUCAGCAGCUAAGUGUCCUUGCUAGAAAGCUUGCUGAAAAACAGGAACAAAGUGACCAAUAUGGUGCAAACAGCCGGUUCAUAUGGAAUCAAGGCAAGUGGUUGCCCAACUCAACAUCACCUUGCAGUUUGUCUCCGGAUUCGGCGAUCCUAAAACUGAAAGCAGCAGCCAAUGCAGUUCUUCAGGACAAGUCGCUUUCUCGAACUGAAGAUCCUAUAAGGUUUGAAACCUUUUCUUCUCCAUUUAGUUCACAGUCUGCAAGCUCUACCUUAGCAGCAUUAUCAAAGAAAGUCAGUGAAAGAAGCAUGACUCCUGGGCAGGACCACCCACCGCCAGCCAGUUCUUUCCUUUCUCUCGCCUCAAUGACUUCUUCGGCAGCCCUACUCAAGGAGGUUGCUGCAAGAGCUGCAGGCAGCCUUUUGGCUGAGAAGAAAAAGUCUCUGGCUGCGGAGGAUCCCCUGCAGCUUUCAGACAUGAAGCAAGAGAAAGUAACUCCACCACAGUCUUUGGAAUUAUUGUUACUCCCAGCCCCUAAAGGACGAGCUUCUAAAACCACUAAUCCAGCCUCAGAAGAAGAAGGUGGUAAACCUUUCCAGUGUCCAAUCUGUGGCUUGGUUAUAAAAAGGAAGAGCUAUUGGAAGCGACACAUGGUGAUUCACACAGGCUUAAAAAGUCACCAGUGCCCUUUGUGUCCAUUUCGCUGUGCACGCAAGGACAAUCUCAAAUCACACAUGAAGGUUCACCAACACCAGGACCGUGGAGAGACAUUUCAGUGCCAGCUAUGCCCAUUUACCUCCUCUCGCCACUUCAGCCUGAAACUCCACAUGCGUUGCCAUCAACACUUCCUGAGGACAGAAGCCAAGGUGAAGGAAGAGAUUUCAGAAAUGGAUAUUAAGGUGUCACCGCAGCUAAAUGACGACUCCAGAAUGGGCCAGCAAAUUGAUGCGGGAGCUGAGCAGGCAGGAACUGCUGCUACAUCUCGAACUCCUGAGGUAGCUGGACAGGCAGGUGCUGCUGUUCCACCUCUGCUAGUCAAAGAAGAGCCCAAAGAUGAGACCAGCACCUCUACCCCAUCCUUUGCCCUCAGCGUUGCCAACAAUGCAAAGCUAAAAGACUCCAUUGACUUUGUGACCAAUACAGCGUCAGCACUUUUCAGCCAGGACAUCUCUGUCAAGAUGGCUUCAGAUUUUCUCAUGAAGCUCUCAGCUGCAAAUCAAAAAGAACCCUUGACUCCUAGAUUUAAAGUGAAAGAUGAACCGAAAGAUGAAGAAAAUGCAAGUUCCACUUUGCCUAAAUCCAGUUAUGUUUUCAGCCAUGAACCUGAAACUUCUGUCCCAGGCAUUCCCGAAGAGAAUCUCAAACCACAGGAAGUGCCAGCAAAUGUAUUACAGCAGGACAUGUCCGUCAAAGCAGCAUCUGAACUUCUCAUGAAGCUGUCAGCUGAAAGUUACAAGGAAUCCCAGACGGUAAAGAUUAAAGAAGAGCCAAUGGAAGUUGAUAUUCAUGACUCCCAAGCCUCAGUGUCGCCCAGCCAAAACAUCAGUUAUAGCACUUUACUCAGGCAAGAGAUUACUGAACACAUACAAAAGAUACCAGAAGGCCGAGUGCUCCCUGAGAGAAACCUCUUCAGCCAAGAUAUAUCAGUGAAGAUGGCUUCAGAGCUACUUUUUCAAUUGUCAGAAAAGGUUAGCAAAGAGCACAAUCACUCUAAAGAUAACACCAUCACAGCUACAUCUAGCCCCUUUUUUUCUGAUGAUACAUUUAGACAAUCACCAUUCACUUCCAACUCAAAAGACCUCUUGUCUAGUGAGACUGCUGUUCAUGGAAGGACAACAGUACCAGAAACAGAGAAGAUAGGGCUGGAGGCUGGAAAUGGGUUGCCAUCUUGGAAAUUUAAUGACCAGCUCUUUCCCUGUGAUGUGUGUGGAAAAGUGUUUGGCCGACAGCAGACGUUGUCCCGACAUCUCUCCCUGCACACAGAAGAGAGAAAAUACAAAUGCCAUUUGUGCCCCUAUGCUGCUAAGUGCCGUGCUAACCUGAAUCAGCACCUGACUGUCCAUUCCGUGAAGCUGGUGAGUACAGACACUGAGGACAUUGUCAGCGCUGUCACUUCCGAAGGCAGUGAUGGAAAGAAGCACCCUUAUUACUACAGUUGUCAUGUGUGUGGAUUUGAAACUGAGAUGAAUGUCCAGUUUGUCAGUCAUAUGUCGCUUCAUGUGGAUAAAGAACAGUGGAUGUUUUCUAUUUGCUGCACAGCCUGCGAUUUUGUUACCAUGGAAGAGUCGGAAAUGAAGGUCCAUGUCACCACCAAGCACGCAGGUGAAGAGAGAAAAACACCCAGUGACUCAAACAGCCCUUCUUCGUCAUCCCUGUCAACACUUAGUGAUUCCGCCAACAGCAAAGAAGAUGUAGAGAUCAGCCCCAAACCCAAGGGUUCAAACAACCUGCUGGUAAUUUCCGUAGUGCCUGGUAGCCAGACCUUACUAAACGCGGAAGAGAAGUCAGAGAAAGGUUUUGAAUGUGUUUUCUGUAACUUUGUCUGCAAAACAAAAAACAUGUUUGAGCGCCAUUUGCAAAUCCACCUGAUUACACGGAUGUUUGAAUGUGAUGUGUGCCACAAGUUCAUGAAGACUCCUGAGCAAUUACUGGAACACAAGAAAUGCCACACUGUCCCCACCGGUGGGCUCAAAUCUUCCUUACUGGAUCAGGGUACCUUUUCCUAUGAACUGUGCCCGUUCUGCAUUUACUCCACGAACCGUCCCGCCGCAAUGGAAUGCCAUUUGAAGACUCACUACAAAAUGGAGUACAAAUGCCGGAUCUGCCAGGCAGUGAAAGCCAAUCAGCUGGAGCUGGAAAUGCACAUCCGGGAGCAUCGCCUUGGCAACCAUUACAAGUGUGACCAGUGUGGCUAUCUUUCAAAGACGGCCAACAAGCUGAUAGAGCAUGUGCGCGUCCACACUGGGGAGCGCCCUUUUCACUGUGACCAGUGCAGCUACAGCUGCAAACGCAAAGACAAUCUCAACCUGCACAAGAAGCUCAAGCAUGCUCCACGCCAGACUUUCAGCUGCGAAGAGUGCCUCUUCAAGACCACCCACCCUUUUGUCUUCAGCCGCCAUGUGAAGAAACACCAAAAUGGGGACUGCUCCGAAGAGGAGAAAAAGGGACAGGGGGCAACCUCCAAGGAAGCCAGCCCUCUCCUUUCCGCCAACAGUUCCCGAAGCCUCUUGUCCCCGCUCUCACUGAUGUCUGCCUCCCAGGCCCUGCAGACAGUGGCCAUGUCGGCAGCUCACAGUGGCGGGGCGGAGCCAAACCUGGCACUUAAGGCCUUGGCCAUCAACGGCACUGCGCUGUGCUUUGACAAGUAUCAGAACUCCGAGUUUGCCCACCUCAUUCCCUUAACCAUGUUUUUCCCUAAGAACCACUUUGAUAUAACAUUCCAUCCGCCCAGACUAGAGACUGUACGCCUGGGCAACACUUCGCCGAAACACUCCUUCCUCGCCUAUCUUGGAUUAACAGAAAGGGCAGAAACUGUCUGAGGGCAGCCACAUUCUGUACCAAAAAUACCCCUCUCCCCAAACACCCAGCAGGUAUAUGCAUCGCUGCAAACCAUACAUCCAAGAGGUAUGGCUGGCUGAACAUUUGUACUAUAGAUCAUUAGUAGUAAGCUAUAGGAAAAACAAAAACAAAUGGCUCUGUGUGUGUCCUUAAUGCAUUGACAUGAAGGCUGCUUUAUUAACUCUUCAGAGAGGUGACCUCCUGCAUACUUCUACCUUCAGAGGCAUGUUCCCAGUACUCUUAUCUAAGAAACUAUUUUGUCUUGUUUUAAGCAGAACAAGAGUGUCCUUAAUGGCAAUCAGCACUUGCUAAGAUUACAUAUGGAUGCAUUUUACUUUGGGUGCGUGAGUGUGUGUCUGAAAGAGAGUCAGUGUGCCAUGACAUUGCUUUUGCACAUCCUUUUUUACUGGCUUGUUUAACAUGAAUACAUAUUACUGCCUUACACCGAGUCAGACCAUGGGUCCAUCUAGCCCAGCUUGGUCUACUCUGACUGGCAGCGGCUUUCCAGAAUUUCAGGUAGGGGUCUUUCCCAGGACCUGCUGCCAGAGAUCCUUCAACGGGAGAUGCCAGAGAUUGAACCUGGGACCUUACACAUGCAAAGCAUGUGCUCUGCCACUGAGCUAUGGCCCUCCCCUUGCGGUCAUUAUCACAGUUCUCCAUCCUCUAUUCCUGGCUUCCUUCUCUUUAUUUUACAGACACUGGAAUGUGGAAACAGCAAUGCUCGGCUGAAGGGGAAAAAUGGUGUACCAGUCAGUACUGUUUGGAAUUUGCUGUAACAGAGUUGUUGCCUUGGCCUCAGCUUUGAGAAUCUGUGGGUCGAGGCAGCAUUGGGAGAGAAGGAAAUAGUUUAGUCAUUUGCAAGGGGGAGGGUGUUUCAUGUAUUAUGUUUUUGCUACAUGGAGAUAAUCUGCUGUAGACACAUGCAUGUGCACUGUAGUGUUUGACAUGCCCUGUGAGUGGUUUUUUGCUGUGUAGCCACUGCACAUAUAUGCUGCCCAGUGGAAAUAUUCAUGUCAAAAAGUAACACUCCUGCCCCUCUAAAAAUAUUACAGUGAGCCACACACUUUCUAAUUUGAAGAUUAUCUCUAUGAAGGAAAACUGUAAUCUUUGAAGCUGCCCUGGCCAAACAGUAGAGACAUACAUGAGGAUGUAGACAGACCUGUUAAAUCAAAGCGCAUUUAAUACAUGUGCAAGAUCAGAUUAUUCUGCUAUGCCCAUGAAACACAGGGCCAGUUCUUACAAUAUCUGUUGUACUUAACUACAGAUAUGAGAGUACAGAGUACGCACACCAAGCGUCAGUUUUAAAUGACAGACAUACCAUUUAAAUCACUACUUUUCUUGGUGAAAUACUUUGAGGCAGUUGCCUGAUCGUUUCCCCCUUUGUGCUUCUGCCUAUUUUGUCAAGAAAAGAGGUGAUAUAAACAUAUUUGCAUCAUUCACAACUGACGCAGGGUCAACUACAAAAUAAUAUUGUACAAAGUGGCUCUAAAAUCAGUCCUAGAUCAGCAUAGCAUAUUUCAGUCAUACACAUUCUCAGACUCUAUUCAUGCAGUGUUUACCUUUGGUUUGCAAAGACAAGAGUGUGUGAGUAAAAUUCUACAGUGAUUCAAUCCAGAAAAGGGGAAUUUAAAAAGGUGGUGGUAAAUUCUGGGUUUAAAUGCUCAGACUAAAUAAAGGCAGGUUUUGCACAGUGCUUGAGUCUUGCACUAGUAUAUUUCUCACUUGCAAAAAAAAAAGGAAAGAAAGAAAGAGAAAGUGUAGAAGAUGAAAAUGUUUCUUCUGUGGACUGAAGAAAUAUCAGAUUGUAUAUUUGAAAAGUUAAUGGGGCGUUCUUUUACAUGUAAAGAUUAAAAGGUGCUGUUUAAUCAUAUGGUUCUCUUUUAUAUGCCCAACUUUUCAGCUAUAUUUGCAAAGUUUGUGUCCCUAUAAACAUUAUUUUUCAUGUUAUUUGUAAUCCUUAAUAUCAUUUUGUUAAUGCCUACUCAAGUAUACUCUUCUAGGAAGCUAUCUUUAUAUUUUCUUAAAGCUCUUACUUUGUGGUCAUUAAAAUGACAUAAAUAUUGCACUUUAUUGCAGUAAGCAGCAGAUUUUGCAUUCCUAACAGAAUAUCUAAGUAAAUUGUGCGCUUUCCCCAACAUUUGAUUUUUUUUCUUGCCCAUGCACUGAAGUUUAUCGCAUUAUCACAUCCAGCUUCCUCCAUUAAAUAUAGGAAGAAAUCCAGAUCUGUGUAUGGAUCAGAGUGAAAGAAACUGUUUACAAUGGAAGACAAGAAGAAAGAAUACCUAAAUAUUAACAAGUUAAAAUCAUAAUUACAGUCAUGGUAAUUAGAGUCCACACUAUAGUUUAACUAAUAUGUGGACUCACUUAGCUAAGCUAGUGCAGUAAAAUAAGUCAUUUAGUUGUUCUUCACACAUACAUCUUGGGGCCCUUGUUCAUUGCACUUGACUCAGUUAAAACUACUCUUUGGGACAUGUUCUAUGAGCUACUCUGCUGGCAAACAGAUGUUUAAAGUAAGGUCAGUACAGUGUCAUGAACGGUGGCAUUAUAAUGGUAUCCCUUCCCAAGCUGUGAUGGUAUCGCAUUGCCUAGCAAUAACCAUCACCUGGAGUGCCAUAGCAUCAUCUCAGAAAUCGUGCAGCCUGGCACAGGAAUGUGAGAAGAGGCUAUGGUGGGGGUGGACUACUGAUGCCUCCGCUACCUCGGAUCGCAUUCUAAGAGAAUAUCAUCAAUGGCAGAGCCACUGCAACUGCACACGAGAGGUGUCACAGAAAACUCUCAAUGCAAAAAGAUGGUAUCCUGCAGAACAUGGAAGACCUGGCCCCUGGCCCCAUGCGCGCUCUCUCGCUCUCUCUCUCACACACACACCUCUUAAUUAUCUAUCAGCUAUUUCUGUAGGUUUCAGGAUACCUAUCUGAUGUAACCUUGAUCCAUUUAGUUAACUGCAGACUGGCCAUUGACCAGAAUGGGCAUCCUCUACUAGGAAUGUUAAAAGAAGAGAGAAUACGGAAUAAGGAUUUCCUUACUAGGAAAUGUAUUCAGAAUGGUAAAAAUGAGUUCCUUUUUAUAGGGAAUCAUGGAACUUCAUUUUUAUAAGCAAUUGCUGGUGCAGUUAACAAAAUAUAUUCAAGCUGUUUCUGGCUGAAUCUCCAAACAUGCAGAAACACUAAAAACAAAAAACUAAGUUGUGUGUCAGCAGGUAAGCUACACAUGCAUAAGAAUGUUAAAGGAAUAUUUUCUGUAAACCAAAUGGUGCAAUAUGCAUAGGAACUUCAAGGAAUGAGAAUAUUAUGAUGCUGUGAGCAACGGAAUGCCUUGGGUUUAACCAUUUUCCUUUGUAUUUGUCUGUCAUAGCAAAGCUUAAUGUAAUUGGGCAGCUUUAUUUAGCACUUUGGGCAUUGAAUUAUUUCUGGAAAGGACAUGAUUUCUGAGUGAGAAAAAAUGCAUCUGGAAGUGUUUUUAUUUUUUUAAGAAAAAAUAUACAGUAUUUAUCAAAGCCCUUGCAUAUACAGUACAAUAAUUGGUUUGCUGUUUGAAGCUAAAGAAAGGAAUGCUCCCUAUAGAUAAUCCUUUGCUUGUUAACAGAUUAACAUUUCUACCAACAUGCUCACUUUGUAUCUGCUUUUUUCACUAUGCAUUCUCUAUGAUAGGUUGGUUUCUCUUUUUCCAUCCAGUAAUUUGGUUACAUUCUCAGCACUUUUCUUGUUUCCCCCAUCCUUUUUAACUUUCUGUAUCAUAUUCAAAUAUCACACUGUCAAGGUUUGUGUACAUUAAUGGAAAUUUGUAUUGUAUAAAGCUUUUUUGCAUUAUAAGGCUGUACAGGGUCAUUUUGACAGUAACUGGUAUAUUUCUUUGCAUCUUACGUUGCAUUGCCAAUUUCUAGUGUAUCCGGUUUGGAAGUAUAUAUAUACUCUAAUUAAAAACAAAGUUGGCUAUAA